GCAUCCUUUCCCAAGGAUCCUCAUGUAUGUGUUGGUGCUCUCUGCUCUGAGCCUGAAAGCCAGCUGCUGGUAAGGGCAGCGGGUUCCCUGGACCUUCAGGUUGGGGUGAAUCUUGCAGAGGUUAGCCCUUCCUGAGUGUCCUCAUUGGUCAGGGUUCACAGUCCCAGAGGCUGUGGCACAGAGGCAGGGAGGCGUGCCCCCUGGCCAAGAACCAGGCAGAAUCUGGCAGCUCUUAGUGGGGUCAGGCCUGGCCUGGACUCUGCUGCCUCUCUAAAACCAGGCCCCUGGGCCUCUGAGUCCUGGCUCCUGACUACUGAGCCAUUCCUGCCUGGGGUGGCAGCAAGGCCUGGCUGGGGAAAGAGAGGAGGGGAGUAUCCCCACCUCCUGGCCCUGGGGCAGCACAUGGCCUAGAUUGGACAACUGUGAUGCCUGCCGACAGAUCUAGGGCAGACAUAGCUGCCCCAGACUCUAACACAGAUCGCUGUGGUCUGACCUGUGGCCCAGGAAGCUGCACAUUUGAGGCUUUUGGGAGAUUUGUAAGCAGCUAAUGGGGGGCUUUUGAGGCUCAGAAGGAGGACAGCCAGCAGGGCAUCUACAGGGGCCAUAGGCUCAGAUAACUGAGGAGGGGCUAAGCCUGGGUGGGAGGUAGGAGGGGAGCUGCUGCCAGCUUCCUGGGGAACUUGGAUCCACGCUCUAGUUGGGGGCUGGGAAGAAGCUCAAGGGGCCGAGACCAGGGACUCUGCAUUGAUUUGGGACUGAGGAUGAGGGAAUGUGGGGAGGGUCUUUUGGGCCUGGUUCAAGGAUCCAGCUGGGGCAGGAUGGGUAGUGCUGAGGAGAAAGUAGGUGAAAGGGGCACACAGGCCCCAGCAGCUGCCCUCACCCCCACACCAGGGGCCAGAGUCAAGAAACCAGCAAGGUUCCUCAAGCUCCAGUGGCUCUACAAGUGCAUGAGUAGCCGAGCCUGCUAAUUGCUGAGCCACACCUGGAGCCUGCUAAUUGCUGCGCCACGCCUGUCCAACCCCACAUAGCUGCGUCAUGUCCGGCUCCUACGACGAAGCCUCACUGGCUCCAGAGGAGACCACCGACAGCUUCUGGGAGGUGGGGAACUACAAGCGGACAGUGAAGCGUAUCGAUGACGGGCACCGUCUGUGCAACGACCUGAUGAAUUGCGUGCAGGAGCGCGCCAAGAUUGAGAAGGCCUAUGCACAGCAGCUCACCGACUGGGCCAAACGCUGGCGCCAGCUCAUUGAAAAAGGCCCACAGUAUGGCAGCCUGGAGCGGGCCUGGGGUGCCAUAAUGACUGAGGCAGACAAGGUAAGCGAACUGCACCAGGAGGUGAAGAACAGCCUGCUGAACGAGGACUUGGAGAAGGUCAAGAACUGGCAGAAGGACGCCUAUCACAAGCAGAUCAUGGGCGGCUUCAAGGAGACCAAGGAGGCUGAAGAUGGCUUCCGCAAGGCCCAGAAGCCCUGGGCCAAGAAGAUGAAGGAGCUGGAGACAGCCAAGAAGGCCUACCAUUUGGCCUGCAAAGAGGAGAAGCUAGCCAUGACACGGGAGAUGAACAGCAAGUCAGAGCAGUCAGUCACACCUGAGCAACAAAAGAAGUUGCAGGACAAAGUGGACAAGUGCAAGCAGGAUGUGCAGAAGACACAGGAGAAGUAUGAGAAGGUGCUGGAAGAUGUGGGCAAGACCACACCCCAGUACAUGGAGGGCAUGGAGCAGGUGUUUGAACAGUGCCAACAAUUUGAGGAAAAGCGGCUGGUCUUCCUCAAAGAGGUGUUGCUGGACAUCAAACGUCACCUCAAUCUAGCCGAGAAUAGCAGCUACAUCCAUGUGUACCGUGAGCUGGAGCAGGCCAUCCGAGGGGCCGAUGCCCAGGAGGACCUCAGAUGGUUCCGCAGCACCAGUGGGCCUGGCAUGCCCAUGAACUGGCCUCAGUUUGAGGAGUGGAACCCAGACCUCCCUCACACCACCACCAAGAAGGAGAAACAGCCCAAGAAGGCAGAGGGAGUGACACUGACCAAUGCCACUGGGGUGGUAGAGUCUACAUCCCAGGCUGGGGACCGUGGCAGUGUUAGCAGCUACGACAGAGGCCAGCCCUACGCCACCGAGUGGUCAGACGACGAGAGCGGGAACCCCUUCGGAGGUAAUGAGGCCAAUGGGGGCGCCAACCCCUUCGAGGACGACGCCAAAGGAGUGCGCGUGCGGGCGCUUUACGACUACGACGGCCAAGAGCAGGACGAACUCAGCUUCAAGGCCGGAGAUGAGCUCACCAAGUUGGGUGAGGAGGAUGAACAGGGCUGGUGCCGCGGGCGGCUGGACAGCGGGCAGCUGGGCCUCUACCCCGCCAACUACGUGGAGGCCAUCUAGCUGCCCGGUUCCUUCCAAACCCCUUCACUCCUUGUCCACCGCCUCCCCCUUCCCACUCUCGUCUCCUUCCCCUCGCCAUAGAGUUCCAGACAUAUUUUCCGAUCAAGCUUUUAUUUUUUUAAAAGUCAAAACAAACAAAACAAAAAAUACAGAGACAGAGCAUUUGCAGGGCCACCUGGAGACCAGGGUGGUAGGGCUUGGGAUGAUGGCACCAGGGUAGGUAAGGAUUUUGGACUUAGCCCAGUAUCACAACAUCUGCUCUUCAGGUUCCACCAAAGAGUCUCUUGAGCCUUGAGGAAUGUCUCCUGGAUCCUCUACCCUGCCUUACCCCACUCCCACUCCAGGCUGCCAGUACCUAUCCCUGCUCCCUGGGCCUGGUUUCCUAAUCUCUGCUUCCUCUCUACCCUGAUCCCCCUUUCACCACCACCCUACUCUCAAGCCUCGCCUGUAGGCACUGAGAAGGGAGCCCUCCCAAUCUUUAGUCUUCCACUCUGCCCCAGGGAGUGCCCUUCUACUCCUAGCCCCAUCCCAGGGGACUGGUGGGGCUGGAGGAGGAAUGGUCACUCUCCUCCUUCAUAGAGGUUUCCAGGAGUCCCUAGACUCCCCUGACACGAAGGGGUGAGCUGGAGGAACUGAUAGUGUUACUGUAGUACAGGACGAUGAAUGAAACAGGCCCUUAGCCCAGUCUGAGCCAGUCCUCUCAGUUCAAGGCCCAUCUUAGGGACCAAGACCCUUUUAUCCAGCUGUCCACACAUUAGACAUAGGCCCUUCCUCAGAACUGUACCCACUCAGUAACUUCCAGAAACCCUCCCCUUGCUCACAAGUCCUGUGGCAGGGGGUGGGGACCCCAAAACCCACAGCACAGCCAGCAGCAGUAGCAGCCUCCUCCCAUUUCCUGGGGAGGAUGGCAUCUUGUCCACCUGCCCUCCUUCCCUCCCUGUCCAUCCAAAACCACAGAAUCACUGGGCUCAAUAUUAGCCUCCUUGAGACCAAGCCUCGUACCUGCAAGGCUCUUGGCCUAACCAUCCCUCUCUUCCCUACCCUGGCCUGCCUGGAAAGAUAGGGGAAGCCCAUCAGAGCUUCUAGCCUGGGGCCAUCAGAGGAAAGCCUGCAGUGGAAUUUGGCAGGAAGCUCCAUCCCUCAGGAGCAGCCCCCCACAACAACAUUCUCCUUGCUGGUAGCCUAUCUCCAAGCUUUGGUCAUAGUUAAAGGAAUUUGGGGGGUGGGUUGGGGCAAAGGACCCAUCCUCUGGUUGGUGAAAACUGUAAUAUAGAGUGCCAGGUACCAGCUUCUCCCACAGCACUAGGGUGGAGGGCUUGGAAAGCAGACCAGGGCCGGACAAAACCCCCAGAGGUGGGAGAUAUCUGGGAGAGAUCUCUUUUGGCAACCUCUAGGACAAGGAGCUAAGUCCUCCCAUACCAAGUGAAACUUGUUAUGGAGGAUGUCACCUCUAGGCCUCUGGACUGCAGACACCCUUCUCUCUUCUAUAUUGCCUGGCCCUCAGGUAAAGAGAGCAUACUAGCCUAGCCCCUUUGUCACCCCUCAGCCUCCUUCACUUCCUGCUGUUUCUUCCAGCAGCCCACUGUUAGGAAGCGAUAAACCCCAGCCUCAAGGCUCUGGCCUUCAUAUGGGCACAGAGGAUCCUGAUAGACUCUGGCAGGGGCUCAAACUGGGGCAGGGGUGAUGAUACCCCAGGGGUAGGAAACCUCAUCCUUAGCACCUCUGUCCUUAUCAAUGCCUGGUCUCUGGGCUUUGUCUGCAGCCUGAGAUGUGCCCUGGGCUCCUCAGAGCCUGAAGCAAAUUUUGGAAGCCUCUAGUCCUCCCAACUCUAAAACAAAAGUCUCUCCUGUUCCCCAGACAGGAAUUGGGGUUGGGGGCCCUGCCCUUCACUGCUUACCCCCCAAAAGGCAGGAACCCAGCACAUAUGCAGCUUGAGGCCUGGGCUGUGGCAGAGGCUUCCCAGCACUGCGAAGGAGCUGUGGCCCUGAUUGAUCCCUGGCCUGUCCCUUUUAGCACUCUAGCUGCUCACGCCAGCACAGGGACGCAAACCCCCAUUUCUUCAGAGCAACCACCUCCAUGACCAUUUAGGACCACUCUCUCUCGGUCCCUAGGUUCCUCAGGACCCCAGAGCAGGAGGGUCUCCCACCUGGAAGUCCCCCUGAGCUCUGAGAGCCCAGCCCCUCCUGCCAGUGCUGGUGUCAGGGCACUCAAUACUGAGUGUGAGGCUGUGCCCCUCACUGUGCCCACAGCCUCCUUCUGUAGCCCCCACCUGCACCCUCGAUGCUGCACGGGCCCAACCUGGUGGGGCUCGGCGAUAAUGUGUUUUGUCCCCAGUUAACCACCAUUCUGUGGCCUGGUUCUGCAAGGAUCCAGGGCCACCCCGCCACCUGCCACCCUAGGCUUCCUGACUCCAUUAGUUCUGACACUUGUGAAACUCUGAAAAGUGCUGUGGUCUCAGCAAUGCACCUGUUUUGUACAUGAUUGUGUAAUUUAAAGGUAUAUAAAUACAAAUAUAUAUAUAUAUAUAUAUAUAAGUUGUGAUUGUAUGACUGUGGAUAAAAUCCAGAACUGUGUCAA